AUUGAUAUACAUGCUCGAACAUGACUGAAAGCAUGGGCUGGCUAUUAUUUGAUGAAAUGUUGCAUCACCGGCAGUAUAUUAACUAAAUGCAAGCCGUCUGUUACCUUAUUUUGUGUGUGCGACAAAAGGAGGAUAAUAUACAUUGCAAAAUAACCUACUGACAACAACCAUGUGUGGAAUCUGGGCGAUAUUUGGUAGUGAGGGGGAUAUUGCGUUCCAGUGCAACUGUGUGCACAAAAUUACCCACAGAGGCCCUGACGCGUUUAGAAUUGAAAACAUUAACCAUUUUCCGAACAGCUGUUUGGCUUUUCAUAGACUUGCAAUUGUAGAUGAUCUCUGUGGCAUGCAGCCUAUGAGGACCUUUCAACAUCCAUACGUUUACCUUAUAUACAACGGAGAAAUCUACAACUUCAAGGAGCUUGAAAAAGAAUUUGGAAUUAAACAAGACACAGCCUGCGACGGAGAAAUAAUUAUUCAUCUGUAUGCAAAGUACGGCAUAGAGUUCGCCGCCAAACAUCUAGAUGGCGUGUUUUUCUUUUGUCUUAUGGACACAGCUAACAGAAAAGUUUACCUUGGUCGAGACACUUUUGGUGUACGGCCAGGAUUUAGAAUUACAACAGAAGAUGGCUUUUUGGCUGUAUGUUCCGAAGCUAAAGGUUUAGUAGGACUGUCAUAUAACAACUCCCAGGCAUGUGAUACAUCAAAGGUUGAACAUUUCCCCCCGGGGCACGUGGAGACGUACUCAUUAGACAAGGAGGGGAGAGCUGCCUUGACGGAGUGUUCCAGGUUUCAUAAGAUUGCAGAACAACCUGCCUACCCUACAUUUCCAGUAACUAUCGGAAAAGAUGUUAAACAGAAUAUUAGAGAGUUUUUAACCAUGGCGGUCCGGAAGCGACUUAUGGCGGAUCGGCGUAUCGGCUGCCUCUUGUCGGGAGGUCUGGAUUCGAGUCUCGUUACUGCACUUGUUGUUAAACUAGCUAAAGAAUUAGGUAUGGACUACAAGAUUCAGACCUUUUCAAUCGGCAUGGAAGGAUCAACUGACUUACAGGCAGCCAAAAAGGUUGCCGACUUUUUAGGUACAGAACAUCACGAGUUGGUGUUUACUCCAGAACAGGGUAUUGAAGCUCUAGAAAAUGUUAUAUAUCACCUGGAAAGUUAUGACAUUACCACUGUUAGAGCAUCUGUAGGUAUGUAUUUAAUCAGUCAGUAUAUCAAAGAAAAGACGGACGCAACUGUGAUAUUAUCUGGGGAGGGCUCGGACGAGGUGGCGCAAGGAUACAUCUAUUUCCACAAAGCGCCAUCUGUUGAGGAAGCUAGUGAAGAAAGCAGACGAUUGUGCAAUGAUUUAUACAUGUACGAUGUCCUCAGAGCGGACAGAACAACAUCUGCAUGGGGGCUUGAAUUGAGAGUACCUUUCCUGGACCACCGUUUUAGUCACUACUACAUGUCUCUACCUGACGACGAUAAACGCCCGAAACAUGGUAUAGAGAAACAUCUUCUGCGCUCCGCAUUUUCCGGCGAAGGUCUUUUACCAGACGAGAUUUUAUGGCGGCCAAAGGAAGCGUUCAGCGACGGAGUGUCGUCCGUAACAAAGUCAUGGUACGAGGUGCUGCAAAACCACAUUGAUGUUCAGAUAAACGAUGAUGAGCUCGAGGAUUCGGCUAAAACAUUUACCCACAACACACCACAGUCAAAGGAAGCGUUGUAUUACAGGAGAAUAUUUGAGAAGUUCUACCCAGGUCUCGGUAAAUGGAUCCCGUAUUUCUGGAUGCCGAGGUGGUCUCAAACCUUAGACCCUUCUGCUAGAACACUUAAACAUUAUAAACAGUGAAAAAUUGUUAGCGGUCAGAGUUGUCGGUGGUUCAUACUUUACCCUUACCAUGCUGGACACGACUCAGUCUGCCUUUGCGACCAGAGUAGAUCAUGAUCAGCCGGCACAUCCGUGCAGUCUGAUCAUGAUCUGCACUAUUCGCCACUCAGUAUCUUUUUGGUAUGCACCCCUUUUAAAAGUUAAUGGUACAGUCCAAAUUGAAAGAUGGUUAAGUUCAUUAUAGAAAUAGUGCAGGGUAAGGGUUUAUUUGCUUAAGCGCUUUUGAGGAACAAGGUGGUAUUUUUUUUUUAAAAUAACGUAAAACUUUAGUUUGAUUUUAAAUGAAUAGCCUCUUGUUUUUCGUACACUCUACAGAUCCGCACUGUAGUAUAUAAAAACCGGUAAAUGAAUUUAAUUUCAUAUUUCUUAUGUUUUUCUUUAUUAUUCUGAUAAUCAAAUGAAUAAGAAUUUGCGUUUUUAUACUUUGUUAAAUAUGCGGUUGCAUAUCGGAGGUUAGUGUCAAAUAGGAAAAGAAGUAUUUGUUAAAGUAUACUGCUUAUGUGUUCUGAUCUGUUCUGUUCUGUGCGUCAUAAAUCAGGAAAUGUU